GUUUGUCACGUGCCCGGAAGUGGGAAGUGGUGGCGGAACGGCAGCUCCCUGGUCACGGCUAAAUUGACGGGCUCAUCCUAGUAGCGGUGGCCGUCGGGGCCCUGUCCUGUCUCCGUCUUGGAGGACCCGCCUCGGCACAGCCGGGCUCGGUCCAGCCUUGUGCUGAUUAAAAAUGACAGCAAUCAAGCAUGCUUUACAAAGAGAUAUUUUUACACCAAAUGAUGAACGCCUGCUGAGUAUUGUCAAUGUCUGCAAAGCAGGAAAAAAGAAAAAGAACUGUUUUCUGUGUGCCACAGUGACAACUGAACGCCCCGUGCAGGUGAAGAUGGUCAAAGUCAAGAAAUCUGACAAAGGAGAUUUCUACAAAAGGCAGAUUGCUUGGGCCCUUCGAGACCUUGCUGUGGUAGAUGCCAAGGAUGCUAUUAAAGAAAAUCCUGAAUUUGAUUUACAUUUUGAAAAAAUAUAUAAAUGGGUUGCCAGCAGCACUGCUGAAAAGAAUGCAUUUAUUUCAUGCAUUUGGAAAUUGAAUCAGCGAUAUCUCCGGAAGAAAAUUGAUUUUGUCAAUGUUAGCUCACAGCUCUUGGAAGAAUCUGUUCCAAGUGGAGAAAAUCAGAGUGUGACAGGAGGUGAUGAAGAAGUAGUAGAUGUUUACCAAGAGUUAAAUGCAAGAGAAGAGCAGGAUAUUGAAAUAAUGAUGGAAGGCUGUGAAUGUGCAAUCUCUAAUGCUGAGGCCUUUGCAGAAAGGUUGUCCAGAGAGCUACAGGUGCUAGAUGGGGCUAACAUCCAAUCAAUCAUGGCCUCUGAAAAGCAAGUGAACAUCCUGAUGAAGUUGCUGGAUGAGGCUUUAAAGGAGGUAGAUCAGAUUGAAUUGAAACUGAGCAGUUAUGAGGAAAUGCUCCAAAGCGUAAAAGAACAAAUGGAUCAGAUCUCUGAAAGCAACCACCUAAUUCAUCUUAGUAACACUAAUAAUGUAAAACUCCUGUCUGAAAUAGAGUUUCUUGUGAACCACAUGGACUUGGCCAAAGGUCAUAUAAAGGCCCUUCAGGAAGGAGAUCUUGCUUCCUCCAGAGGCAUUGAGGCCUGCACCAAUGCCGCAGAUGCCCUUCUACAGUGCAUGAAUGUAGCUCUUCGACCAGGCCAUGACAUGCUCCUGGCAGUCAAACAGCAACAGCAGCGUUUCAGUGAUUUGCGAGAGCAUUUUGCCCGGAGACUGGCCAGUCACCUCAACAAUGUUUUUGUUCAACAGGGUCACGAUCAGAGUUCAACUCUUGCUCAGCACUCUGUUGAACUGGCUUUACCCAAUCAUCAUCCAUUUCAUAGAGACUUGCUUCGAUAUGCCAAGUUGAUGGAGUGGCUGAAGAGUACAGAUUAUGGAAAAUAUGAGGGACUAACAAAGAAUUACAUGGAUUAUUUAUCACGACUGUAUGAGAGAGAAAUUAAAGAUUUCUUUGAAGUUGCAAAGAUCAAGAUGACUGGCACAACUAAAGAAAGCAAGAAGUUUGCUACACUGCCUCGAAAAGAAAGUGCUGUCAAACAGGAAACAGAGAGUCUUCAUGGAAGUUCUGGGAAAUUAACUGGAUCCACUUCUAGUCUAAAUAAACUCAGUGUUCAGAGUUCAGGGAAUCGCAGAUCUCAGUCAUCUUCUUUGUUGGAUAUGGGAAACAUGUCUGCCUCUGAUCUCGACGUUGCUGACAGGACCAAAUUUGAUAAGAUCUUUGAACAGGUACUAAGUGAACUAGAGCCCUUGUGUCUGGCAGAACAGGACUUCAUAAGUAAAUUUUUCAAACUACAGCAACAUCAAAGUAUGCCUGGAACAAUGACUGAAGCAGAGGACGUAGAUGGAGGAACAUUAUCCCGGCAACAUAAUGCUGGCGCGCCACUGCCAGUUUCAUCAGAAAAAGAUAUGAUCCGCCAAAUGAUGAUUAAAAUAUUUCGCUGCAUUGAGCCAGAACUGAACAACCUAAUUGCAUUAGGAGACAAAAUUGAUAGCUUUAACUCCCUUUACAUGCUUGUCAAAAUGAGUCAUCAUGUGUGGACUGCACAAAAUGUGGAUCCUGCUUCUUUCUUGAGUACUACAUUGGGAAAUGUUUUGGUGACUGUCAAAAGGAACUUUGACAAAUGCAUUAGUAAUCAAAUAAGGCAAAUGGAAGAAGUAAAGAUCUCAAAAAAGAGUAAAGUAGGAAUUCUUCCAUUUGUUGCUGAAUUUGAAGAAUUUGCUGGACUCGCAGAAUCAAUCUUUAAAAAUGCUGAGCGUCGUGGAGAUCUAGAUAAAGCAUAUACCAAACUUAUCAGAGGAGUAUUUGUUAAUGUGGAGAAAGUAGCAAAUGAAAGCCAGAAGACCCCCAGGGAUGUAGUUAUGAUGGAAAACUUUCACCAUAUUUUUGCAACGCUGUCUCGUUUGAAAAUCUCAUGUCUAGAAGCUGAAAAAAAAGAAGCCAAACAAAAAUACACAGAUCACCUUCAGUCUUAUGUCAUUUAUUCUUUAGGGCAACCUCUUGAA